ACUUUCCUCUACACUUUCCUCACAUUUAUUCAAGUAUUUUAGGUUUUUCUGUCCACUAUGCUUCCCGCAGCUGCAGUUUUUCAUUUCCCCUGGGAAAUAAAUGAUGGAACAGUGCAGGAAGGAGAAUCAGUGAGAGUAUUUGGCAGACUUGUCUGCUAUCAGCCUGAGGAGUCCAGGGCCACGCUGUCAGCUCAGCACGCUUCCAAAGACCACCACGUGGUCAUCCACACCCCGUUUGUGGAGCCUUUUAACCCAAUAGUUGGAGCCCAGUACAUCGUUCUGGGUGAGACUGAAAAUGUUGAUGGGGUCGGUGUGAUGGUCCGUGCACGUGUGCUGAACUGCGUUGACGGUGUAAACGUUGCCCUUCUACAGAAAGCCAUCAAUGAGCAGAGGAGCUUCUUCAGGGAGAGGGAGCACAAACAAGGGGAUGCUGCACAACCUGCAGAUGCAACCUGAUCAGACCCUCCCAGGAUCAGGACUACUCGAGCUCGGGAGAACUUUAAGAUGGGAAAAACUUAAGCAAUAUGUCCAAAAUAGACUAGAGUGCACAGAUAAAGGCUAAAAAUAUAAAUUUUAUUUAUUAAAGACUAAUGUUUCGAUAUUUGGUGGUUCUGACCCUCCAGGUUGAGAGCAACUGUUUUAAAGAAUAGGUGCAACCUUGAUAUUACAUCGACUACUUAAUGGUUUAUUUUAGAACCAGCAUGCUUGUAUACAGAAUGCGUCCAAUUCAGUUUAUAUAAAUGUUUUUGAGCCUUCAAAGUCUUCAGAAGUCGUUGAUAUUAUCAUGAGUCUCAAAAACUCUUCUCCUGGCCAUGAUGAAAUUCCAGCCUAUUUGAUCAAAAAGGUAGCUGCUUUAAUUAUUGAGCCCUUAACAUUCAUUUUUUCCAUGUCCCUUAAAUCAGGUACUAUUCCUCAAGCCUUCAAAAUUGCCAAAGUUAUUCCGCUCUUUAAAUCUGAUGAUCCAUCUGUAUUCUCAAACUAUCGUCCUAUAUCAAUACUUCCUUGUUUUUCUAAAAUUCUUGAAAAGCUGGUAUACAGUAGAAUCAUGAAACACCUAGAUGUUAACAAUAUUUUGUUCAAACAUCAAUAUGGGUUUAGAAAAAAUAUUCUACAUAUAUGGCUCUUUUACACCUCAGAGAAAAAAAGUACUGCUGCUCUGGAGAAAAAUGAAUACACCUUAGGCAUUUUCUUAGAUUUAUCAAAGGCUUUUGAUACAGUGAAUCAUGAAAUUUUGUUAUCAAAAGUUACAUUACGGUUUUAAAAAAUGGUUUUACAAUGGGUAGCAAAUUACUUAAAUAGAAGAGAGCAAUUUGUUGUUUUCAAUGGUAAUCGAUCACAGAAGACUGUACUAAAAUGUGGUGUCCCACAAGGGUCUAUUCUAGGACCCUUGUUGUUUCUUAUGUAUGUUAAUGAUCUUGCCAAUUCUUCAAGUUUAUUGUCACCUGUAGUAUUCGCUGAUGACACAAAUCUCUUUGUCACUGACAAGAACUUUGAUUACCUUAUUGCUAAAGCAAAUGCUGGACUCAUUCAUUUUUUUAUUGGUUAAGUUAAAUAAGUUAUCUAUCAAUGUCAAGAAAUCUAACUUUAGCCAAAAUGUAUAUCAAUGACAGUGCACUUGCACAAGUUUCAUCAGUGUUCUUAGGUGUCUACAUUGAUGAAAAACUCUGCUUUAAGAAUCAUUGUGAAUUUGUUGGUAAGGUUUCAAAAUCAUUGGCCAUUAUAAAAAGGGUUAAACACCAUUUAAAAAAAGAACACUUCUAACAUUGUAUUACAGUUUAAUGUAUCCUUAGAUCUCUUACUGUAAUAUAAUUUGGGCCAGCACUUACCAUUCUUAUUUACAAGCAAUUCAUAGAUUUCAGAAAUCCUUUGUAAGAACAGCCACUAACUCUUCUUAUUUAGCCCCAACUAAACCAUUAUUUAAACAAUUGCAACUACUUACAAUUUCUGAGGUCAAUAAGUAUCAAACAGGGGUUCUUGUGUAUAAAGUCAUUUGCUUUCCUGCAUCUCUACUUAUUUUUUUUCAAAGUUACUUUGAGUUCAAUUGUCAUUAUUAUGAACAUCUUACAAGAAGAAAGAAUGACUUACAUAUUCCUUUUUGUAGGACUUUUGUUGCCAAAUUCUUAUUUGUCUAUCAAGGUGCGAUGCUAUGGAACAACAUAAAACGUCUAACAGAAUCAUGUUCCUCUUUAAAUACUUUUAAGACCAAGCUCAAAAAAUCCUACAGAUCUUUGUAUCAUUGUUUUGUUUGUAUUUUGUUUGUAUUUUUUAUUUUCAUCUAGCUAUGUAAUUUAAGUAAAGUGUAUAUACUUUACUUAUACUCUACUUAUACUAUAUAAUGUUCAUUUAGAAAAAAGUUUCCAUGUUUGGGGAUUAGAUAUCUUCUAUGAACUGGGUUCAAUUGAAUGCAGGUCGGGAAUGAUUUGCAAAUUGUAUUCUAUUUUUUAUUGUUUUUCACAACAUAUUUUUUUUCAAACUUUUCACACAGAUUUUAUGUUUUAACUGGAUUAUUAAAAUAAUAUGGUACGUCAUUCUUAAGUU